CGGCGAGCGCUGCCCGCCCGCCCUCCCGGACACCGCCGCCCGUAGCGGGGCCGCCGCGCCGCGGGGAUAUAAAGUUUUGAACAGUGCCUCCCCAAGAAGUGUGAUGAGAAAUGGCUUUAGGAAACAAUACCCAGAGAAGUUAUUCCAUCAUCCCCUGCUUCAUCUUUGUUGAGCUCGUCAUCAUGGCUGGGACUGUUCUGCUCGCCUACUACUUCGAGUACACUGACACUUUUCAGGUGCAUAUCCAAGGUUUCUUCUGUCAGGAUGGCAAUUUGAUGAAACCCUACCCCGGGACGGAGGACGAGAGCUUCAUUUCACCGCUUGUGCUGUACUGUGUGCUGGCUUCAACCCCGACGGCGAUUAUUUUUAUUGGUGAGAUAUCCAUGUAUUUCAUAAAGUCAACCCGAGAAACCCUCAUUAUUCAAGAGAAAACUAUUUUGACUGGAGAGUGCUGUUACCUGAACCCACUGCUUCGAAGAAUAAUACGUUUUAUAGGCGUGUUUGCAUUUGGACUUUUUGCCACUGACAUCUUUGUAAAUGCCGGCCAGGUGGUGACUGGGAACUUGGCUCCCUACUUCCUGACCGUCUGCAAACCCAACUACACCGGCAGCGACUGCCGGGCCCACCACCAGUUCAUCAACAACGGCAACAUCUGCACGGGGGAUGUGGAGGUGAUUGAGAAGGCCAGGAGAUCCUUUCCAUCCAAACAUGCUGCUCUGAGCAUCUACUCAGCUUUAUACGCCACGAUGUACAUCACAAGCACAAUUAAAACAAAGAGUAGCAGGCUAGCCAAGCCCGUGCUGUGUCUGGGAACCCUGUGUGCUGCCUUCCUCACUGGGCUAAAUCGAGUGUCUGAGUAUCGAAACCACUGUUCGGAUGUGAUCGCAGGCUUCAUUCUGGGGAGUGCUGUAGCCUUGUUUCUGGGGAUAUGUGUUGUCCAUAACUUUAAGGGCAGUCAUGCAGCUCCUUCUAAACCGAAGCCUGAAGACCCACGAGGAAUGCCACUAAUGGCUUUUCCCAGGGUGGAAAGUCCUCUGGAGACACUGAGUGCACAGAAUCACUCUGCCUCUAUGACUGAAGUAACCUGAGAUGGAAGAUCAGCAGCCGAAGCUAUUUUUUACUACCCUCCAGUAAAACACUCCAAGACACACAGUUACUAAAUGUCUAACUGUGAUGACCAGUAUUAUGUUAUGUCUAGUUAGAGGCUAAUGUUUUGUACUUUUUUUGUAUGAGGAAGUGAUGUAGCUUGCCCUGAUUUUUGUCAGCUUUAAUAUUAUUAUGCCAGACUUUAAAAGCAAAACAGAAAAAGAACAAAAAAAACCCUUUUCUUGUUAAAGUGUGCACUGAGGAACUACAUCUAUGGAAUUGUUGAUGUUGUUAUGUGAUAUUUGUACACAAUUUUUUUUCUUCUCAGUUUUGAAUUUAUAUAUCUUGGGGGGAAAAAAAAUUCACUUUUACCUUUUCUUACCAUAAGAAGUGCUGGGUCAGAUUCUCAUCUGAGUAAACUCAGCAUGGAUCUGAAGUAAUUGCAUACAUUUAAUUCAUAUUAAAAUAACAGUGAUCAGGAAUCUAACCUGAAUGAUACUAUCAACAAGAAACAAAAAUCCAUCCUUGAUUCAGUGAGCUACUUAAGUGUUCCCUGGGACUUGAAGGACUUCAGUUCCCACCCAGUUGCCAGACUAGAAGCAUGUCCUUAAGCACCUCAUUGAAUCAAAGCCUGAUUGUUCUGGUGUGGGUGAUUGUGCCAGUUAUUGAAGAAUGACUAAAACAUCCUUGGUCUGCAGUAUAGACAGACUGAACAUCAAAAUUUAUAGUAGUAGCUGAUAGCAUGUGAGCUGACUAUAUCAUCUCCCUAGAUCCUCAUUCCUCCCCGAGGCCCAGCUAAAGCUCCCAGUGAAACCUGGCUUCAGGAAUUGACUAUGGGGAUAUACAGCCACCACUGCGGGGCUGAGGCUGCGCUUUAAGUGUUUCAUCAUUUCAUCAUAGAUUUGUGGGGUAACUAGUGACACUGGUGCAAAGGAAAAGUGGCACCACUCCUUCACCAGGGUGGCAUUCCUUGGCAUUCAAAUUGGCAUGGCCAAGAAGCCAGUUUUGCUGCCCAAAAUAUGUUUCUUUUCCUAAGGGGCUUUGAUAAGCCAAGAAAAAAAAAAAAAAAAGGAAAGACAAGAAAA